CUGAAGCAGAGAAUGGAAUCAUUCGCUUUUGUCCUUUUUUGUCCGUAACACCAAAACUUUGGAAUACUUUAAAUUUAGUUAGUUCCUCCAUGACUAACUCUUCCAGGUCCUGUCAUGUCAUGGAACAGCUUCAAGAAAUCUUUAAUUCCAUGGAUUACUUACACUGAAUCUGGAAACACCUCAGCACUUAAAGUCACUCAACUAAACUUGUAACUCAGCUUUCUACGAUGGCCUUAUUUUAUCGCAUCUUGUUCCUCACACUCUGCAUGGAUUUUGUUCACUCGCAGGCUGACGUGAACAGCGUAAGUCCAUCCACAGAACACACGCUGACUGUCUCUGCAGCAUCUUCAACCAACAUCAACCCCGGAGUCAGCCGUAUGAUCCACACCAAUGAGAGUGUUCCAGGCUCACCUUUAGAACUACAAGGGGAGGCUGUGGGCUCCAACGGGAUUCUCCUCUCAUGGACAAUGCCUCCUGAUACCAGCAAUAUUGACGGAUAUAUCAUCAGGUACAAGGAAGUGUGUCCCUAUCCGGAUCCUGUCUUUACACAAGUGACCAGGUACCUGGAUGUACCAGAGACCCUGCUCACUGAAUUCACCUCCGGUUCCACCUAUCACAUUCAGGUUGCAGCCUUGUCUUCUGCUGUCGCAGGAACAUUCAGUAAAGCUGUCUACAUAAAGACCGCUGAGUCCCCUCCAGGUCUGGUGACCAACUUGACCGCCUUUGCCCAGAAUCACACCUCAGUCCUGGUCACAUGGUUCCUGCCGCAUCGCAUCAAUGGUCUUAUCACAAAGUUUGCCGUCAAAGCCAAGCACGCACGCACGGGCCAAAUGAUCCGCAAUCUGGAAGUCAACGCCGAGGAAAUCAUGACAGGGGCAUUGCCUCACUGCAACGAUGCAGCGGAUAUUCUGUCACGCGCAACGAUCAGCCCCUUGGAAAUGACCGCGGCGUCUCCACCCUACACACUGACCGCAGUGCCCCCAGCAUCCGCCUGGAGCGUCCCCAUUUCAGUGGGAGUGGAUCAGCUUCGUCCUUACACGUCUUAUCUCUUUGAAGUGUCUGCCUUCACGUCUGACGGGGAGGGCCAGAUUGCUUCCACCAUGGUUCGCAUGCCAGAGUCAGCCCCAGAAGAUCCUCCACAAAACUUUACAGUCUUGGAAGUCACAUCUCGAUCAAUAACACUUGCCUGGAACUCUCCCACGAUCAUCACUGGGAAAUUUACCUAUGUGCUUUUCCUGUAUGGGCCAACCGGAUAUUUGUAUGAGAACAGCACAGCAGAGAUGCGAUUCUCCUUCAACGGCUUGGCGCCAUACACAGAGUACACUUUGGAGGUGGGGGCCAGAGCGGCUGGCCAAGUGGGUCCGGUGGCUCGGGAUGACGUGAGGACAUUGGCUGAAGCACCUAGUGCUGUUCAGAACCUCAACGCAGUCGCCGAAGACGCUGUUUCAGUCCAUGUGAACUGGCUAAGCCCAGCCCAGCCGAAUGGUCUAAUCACUCGGUACAGACUUCAAGUUCUGCUGAACGACUCUCUGUUGCAGGACAUCACCCUCAUUGGCAAUCUGAAUAGCGAUGCAACUCGUCCCUAUGAAGGCAAGUUGCUUGACCCCAAUCAGGAUAUGGUUCCAGGGCGGCGUAAGAGAACAGCUGAUUUUGAGACCUCCACUGCCACGCAUUUUAACCCUACGGAGUCUACAGGCAUCACCUCCCUCAGUCUGGCCCUUACUUCCCUCAGAAGUGCUAAGCUAAGCACCAACACUCAAGGCUUUAACCCUUCUGGUUCCCCGUUGGUCACGGAGACACCCAGCAACACUUACAAUCGUUUCCAGCCCGUCACCACAACUUUUUCUGCUACACCUGUGACGCCUGUUACGCUUCCACUCUGGCUAACGUCGCUGGUUGACGAAACGACCACCGAGUCAUCCUACCUUACUCAUACACCUGGCCACCAACGCUUUUCCACUCGCCACGCAUCUGUUACAGGACACGUGUCUUCUGGAAGUACAGAUGUAAUGGUACGAGAAGAGGUGACAGACCUGUCGGCAGAUGCACUGUUUUACCUGGUGUACGACCUUGAACCUUUUACCGAGUACACGUUCAGAGUCUCCGCCUCCACUGUAGCAGGCGAUGGUCCCACCACCGACGUCACUGAGAAGACCCGAGAGCAAGUCCCCAGCUCAGUGUUGGAACUUUCCUACCAAAACAUAAGCUCAACAUCUAUACUUUUGAGCUGGUCACCACCACUUAACCCCAAUGGGCGGAUCACUCACUACACCAUCUACGGCCUCGCUUUGCACAGUGGUCAGAAUCUGAAGUGGAUCACAAACUCUACCAGCAUACUGAUAACAGAUUUGGACAAGUAUACUGGGUAUAUGCUACAGGUAGCUGCUUCUACAGCUGUUGGAGAGAGCUUGCUUUCUCAGGAAGAUGGCAUUUAUGUCCUCACAUUAGAAGACGAGCCGGAUUCCCCUCCUGUUAACCUCACUGUGGUGGACACCAGCUCGUCCACAGUCACCCUGACCUGGUCGGCGCCAGAGAAAGCCAAUGGGGUGAUCCAACUGUACAUGGUUCUUUAUGAGAACCGGUCAUAUUCCCAUUCGGUGAACACCUCCAGCAACCGAGUCACUCUGACCCACCUGCGUCCCUAUACGUACUACAAUGUCUCUGUGAUGGCAUUCACACGUUUUGGCCACGGCAACCAUACUUUGAACUAUAUAAGCGUGUUGUCUGGGGAGGAUGUACCUGGAAGUCCUGCACACAGUCUUUCCUAUGUAUCGCUUAGUCCCAAUGAGGUGAAUGUGACAUGGCUGCCUCCAUUGGUGCCAAACGGCAUCAUAACCCACUACAGCUUGGAGUUGUGGAAUUCGACUCAUUACCUCAACCUCACCUCUCCUACCAACUUCCUGCAUUUGUCCUAUCUGAGGAAGUACACGCGCUACCGUGUCACAGUGCAGGCGCACACGCGGGCCGGGCCAGGGAACUUCACCAGCGAGCCGCUCAACAUUACUACGCUGGAGGAUGCACCAGACACACCUCCUCAGUUCCUCCAUGCCAGGAAGUUACCCAACUCUGAGAUAGAGUUGUCCUGGCAACCACCACUUGAAGCCAAUUCAGACAUACUAUUCUACAUUGUCUCUGUGUGGAACGAAACAAUGGAUCUACUGCAGAAUGUAACUGAAACGUCAGUGGUUAUAAAUGUGGACUUUGAGAGUUGCUUCAGUGUGUCCGUUUCCAGCUGGACCAGACUUGGAGACGGAGGGGUGCGGGCUUACAUUACCUCUAAUGCAGAGCCCCUUGAACCACCUCAGAACGUGACUUUUGCAAAUGUGACUAGUUCCACUGCAACCUUGCUAUGGUACCCACCAGAUGAACCCAAUGGAAUCAUUAUUGUUCUCUAUACAAUUUACUACACUGACAACAGCACCGAGUUUGACCAGAAGGUUCCGGUUAUAGAUGUCCCCAUCAGAAACAGAGACACGCCCCUGUCCUGGACUCUGACUGGUCUUAUCAGUGGCACAAACUACACAGUGUGGAUGACCUCAAGCUCUGUACUUGGGGACGGAGGGGUCCGGAGCGAGCUACUUACGCUGCUGUUACCUGAGGACGUGCCAUCUGACUCGGUCCACAACCUCACAGCUCAAAUCUUCAGCUCCACUGCCAUCAUCGUGAGCUGGGACCCUCCACUGGAGCCAAAUGGCCGUCCCCACUACAUCCUCACUCUACAAGAGGCGGGCAUCGUCCCAGUUCUUCCCAAUCAAGCCCCUCAGGUGGUCAACAAAACCAUCAGGCGCACUACCACGGACACGGUCUUUCUCUUCACCAAACUUAGGAAAUAUUUCCCUUACGUGCUAACUGUUACCCCGGCAACUGGGGCUGGUCCAGCACAUAACCAGACCAGCACCAUGCACCUGAGGACGGACGAUGACGCCCCAAGUUCUGCUCCACUGCUUGUCUCUGCCGUCAACUUGUCGUCUUCCUCCAUCGCCGUUGAGUGGCAGCGCCCCUUGGAGUCCAAUGGAAAGAUUACAGAGUACAUCCUCAUGCUGUCCGGCCCAGGGGGCUCUAACACCACUUAUACACCCAACAACUCUUUCACGCUCACCCAUCUGCAGCCUUACACUGCUUAUAACCUGAGUGUCACAGCGGCAACACGUAAAGGCUCGGGGCCAGCGCUGAUAAUGGCGCUGCACUCUGAUGAAGGGGGCCCAAUGUCUCCUCCCCGCAACCUGACCAUUUUCAACCACACGGCAGUGUCCAUUUGGCUGACCUGGGAGCCCCCCCUGGAGCCCAACGGGGUGGUCCUGCAGUAUGGCUUUCGCAUCCGAGAGCUCAUCACACACACCGUCACACACCGGAAUUCAUCUGGUCCAUCAACCACUGAGUACAUCUCAGGCUUCAGGCCUCAUAGGUCCUACGAGAUUAGUGUUUACAGUUAUACGCGAGUGGGCCAUGGCAACCAGUUUAGCAGCCCUGUGACCUUCACCACCAACGAAUCAAUGUCAGAAGCUGUGAGGAACCUGUCAUGUUUAGGAAUCAGCUGGGAUUCUAUUCAUUUAUCUUGGGACCCUCCAGUCAACCCGAAUGGGCAGAUCCUCUUUUAUGAGAUUGCACUGGAGGUGGACUCAUACCAGGUCAACACAGUAGAAUACACAGUGAGUGGACUGCCCCCAGAGCAGUACUAUCUACUCACUGUGGCCGCGGUGAACUCCGUAGGACCUGGAGAGCAAAUCAACUGCACCGCUUCCACACUUUCAGAGUCAGCCCCAUCUGCGCCUCGAUUCCUCACCGUCUCUCAGGUCACAGCCGUCAACGUGACACUGGAGUGGACUCCCCCUAUCUCCAUCCCGGGCCUACUCAAAGAGUACCACCUGGUCAUGGAAUUGCUCGCCACUCAAUGUGAGCCCGACAUUCUAAACCUUGGAGAACUGACCUCGAACUGCGCAGAUUCAAUCGUCACGGUUUCAGUCAACGCUUCGGAAGGUGCCCCUGAUAUCACGGUUCAUCAUCUGGCAAAGUACAGACACUACCGCUUCAAAGUGGCAGCAGUGACCAACGCAGGGGUUGGGGAAUUUACUCAGUGGAAUUAUGUACGCACCUUGGCUGGGAAUCCAGAUGCCCCUCCACGUGACAUCAGAGUGCUGCCCACCUCCAGCAGCCUUCGUAUAGACUGGGACCCUCCAGACAUUAUUUCAGGACCGACAUCCUAUCUCGUGCAGGUGGAAAGUCACAGUUUUAAUUACUCCUUCAUCAGAGCACCAGAGGAGUUGACCACAGUGUUCGUGACAAACUUGACUGCAUUCUCGCUUUAUUCUGUGAUGGUCACUGCCUUCACUGGCCCCGUGGAACUUGCUGCUGAAGAUGGGAAGGCCAUUGGGCCCUUUGUGUUUCAAACAUUAGAAGAAGAGCCUAAAGACCCACCAAAGAAUGUAGUCGUGUCCAUCAUCCCAGAUGAGGUAAACCGAGUCAAGGUGACCUUCACACCCCCCGAAGAGCCCAACGGACAAAUUACGUCUUACUUUGUGUAUAUCUACGAGAAAGAGGUCCUAGUAAGGAACAUCAGCUUAAAUACCAUACAAAAAGAAAACAACACUCUGAGUGCUGUCAUCGACGGUCUGAAAGGUGGUCAUGACUACAGUAUUCAGAUUUCAGCAAAGAACGGCGCUGGACGGAGUCCACCAAGCCCACAUGUCCAAAUAACAACAGGGAUCAAAGCUCCAGCCAAGCCCGCCCAAAGACCCCAGGCAGCGCUCGGCCACAGAGGGGUUGCCAUGGUUACCCACAGGAGUAUCACCAUUCGCAUGCCAGCUUGUUUUUACAGUGACGAGAACGGGCCAAUCACAAAAAUUCAGGUCAUCGUCGCUGAAUCAGGGGUGAAGGAUAUCGCAAACUUAACCACUUGGAGGGACGCCUUCUUCGAUCAGCCCGGCCCGUACUUGACCGAUCAGGGCUUCCCCAACCCGCAGUGCUUGAGGGACACCCAUAGGGUAUCUGGAGACCACCGACACAAUCAUACCCCGACGGAGACGUAUGUGAUAGGAGAUCAAGACGAGUGUUUACGAGAGAACCACACUGACGCUUUGUGUAACGGACCUCUGAAGGCCAACACUGUUUACGUGUUUAAGUUCAGAGCAACUAACAUCAUGGGCCAACACACUGACUCUGAGUACUCUGACCAUAUCAAAACUGCAGUCUACGGCCUGUUAAGCAGAGAUGAGCAGAUCAUCCUUGGUGUACUGCUCUCCUUCUUCUUGGCAGUGCUGCUGAUUGUCAUCAUCUGCGCGUCUGUCAAAGUCCACCAGCGCAAGAAGGAGGGCGGCACGUAUUCCCCCCGAGAAGCGGAGAUCAUCGAGACCAAGUGUAAAUUGGAUCAGCUGAUUGCCGUGGCAGACUUGGAGCUUAAGCAAGAAAAAGUCAACCGAUAUUCAUCCUUCUUCUUUAGACGGAAGGAGAUAUACGUCAUCCAACUCCUCAGCUACCGGAAAUCGCUCAAGCCCGUCAACAAGAAAUCUUUCCUCCAGCAUGUUGAGGAUCUGUGCUCCAACGACAACAGCAAAUUCCAGGAGGAGUUUUCCGAGCUCCCAAAACUGCUUCAGGAUCUAGCCACCACAGACGCAGACCUGCCCUGGAACAAAUCCAAGAACCGGUUCCCCAACAUAAAGCCCUAUAACAACAAUCGGGUAAAACUGCUGUCAGAACCAGGAACUGCAGGCUCAGACUACAUCAACGCUAGCUUUGUCUCAGGCUACCUGUGUCCCAAUGAGUUCAUCGCAACACAGGGUCCUCUGCCCAACACAGUGGCUGACUUUUGGAAACUGAUCUGGGAAACAGGCACUCGCACCAUCGCUAUGCUCACGCAGUGUCACGAAAAAGGCAGAAUUCGUUGUCACAAAUACUGGCCGGAGGACAACAAGCCCAUGUCGGUGUUUGGUGACAUCCUUAUUUCAAAAGUAUCCGAAGAAAUCCUUCCUGAUUGGACUGUCAGAACACUUAAAGUGGAGAAGCAUGGACACUACAUUAUGGUCCGCCACUUUAACUACACAUCGUGGCCUGAGCACGGUGUCCCGGAAUGCUGCGGCACCCUCAUUAAGUUUGUGCGGGCAGUCCGAGCGCACCGCCACGACAACACCACCAUAGCAGUUCAUUGCAGUGCUGGCGUUGGCCGAACAGGCGUGUUCAUCGCUCUGGACCAUCUCAUUCAGCACAUCAGAGAUCACGACUUUGUGGACAUUUACGGCCUGGUGGCUGAGCUGCGCAGCGAGAGGAUGUGCAUGGUUCAGAAUCUGGCCCAGUACAUCUUUUUACACCAAAGCACGCUGGAACUGCUCAACAACAAAGGCAAUAGUCAGUCCAUUUGGUUUGUCAGCUACUCUGCUCUGGAGAAGAUGGACUCUCUGGAUGCCAUGGAAGGUGACAUUGAACUGGAAUGGGAAGAGACCACGAUGUAGACGACACUUUUACCAGAAGAUGGGUGUGUUCAUUUUUGGGAGUAUUAAAAAGAAAAAGAAGAUGGAAGGAUGAGAACAAGACUGUCUUUGGAACAUUGCUCCCUUCAAGGACCUAGUCCUUUUCAGGGUAGGGAAAGAAGUGGGAGCACUCUGAGUGUCCUAUCAUGUUUUUGCACACACUGCGUAUUGUCAUGACUGUAUCAUAUUGAAAGCUGUUGCUUUUUUGUAAGAUGAUUUGUUGAGCCAUAUUUCUUUUAUUUUCUACGUCUUUGUAAAUCCUGCUACUUGCUUGAAUGGUUGAUUGCAUUCCAAUUUUGGUCUUGAUCCUUUUCUCAAGAGGUAUUUGCACCCGUUUCUUCCAGUGCUAUUUUUGUUGUUAUUUUGUUUUUAUACAUGCAUUAGCAGCAUCCUUAAAGAAUAUUAGGUGGAAUAGAGCCAUCUUGUUAUUAGAAAAUGAACAGGCUUUGGCUAGUCUCACAUACGUUUAAGCCGUUUUACUGAAUCCAGACGCCUCUCACAGAACAUCAAGAUGAGAUAUGAAGCCCCCAAGAUGCAAUGGCUUUAUUUUGUCAAAAAAAAAAUAUUUUAUAAUAAUUUACAAAUAAACUUUCUCCUCAGAAACUUUCACUUGAAGGUUUGAACUAUAAAUUGUGUUUGAGAGUGCCUUUGUAGCAUCCCAUAACAGGCAUGGAGAAAACUGAAAAAAGCUGCCCGUUUUCAAGUUACUUUCGCUAUGAUUACAGGUGGUAGGGUGGUAAUGCUAAUUUUCCUUAAAUGCUAAAUGUUAAGGGAUGCUCAUAAGCGAUCGUGAACAAUUCUGCAUUUUUCUUAAGGAUAUGCUGCAAGCAAGGGCGUAGGUUUGCAUAGGGACAGUAGGGACAUAACACUACCAACUUUUCAGGAUGCUUAAAUUUACCAUUACCAACUUUUAAGCACCCUUAUUUGCAUUGUCUAAUUAGUUCAGUUAUAAAGGCCAUUUAGAUUGUAUUCCCAAAUGUUGUAAGGACAGAAUUGACCCUACCAUUAUUAAGUGAAUUAUUUUAAUCAUGUUCAGACUUUCACUUUCACAUUUACCGCCUUUCACUUUCUGAAUGUACCGGUCCAUUUUUUCCCCUCAAACGCACUUUGAUUGGCUGAUGACUUCCACCCUUCCACACGCACGCGCAGCCAACCCCGACACAGAAAUACAACAUGCCGCCUCCUCCGCCCCCUUCGAAGAGGAGGGAUAUUACAAGUUUUGUUUCGACCAGUUGCAGCCAGUGUAAGGGAUGUAAAAAGAUGUUGUGGAGGUAGGAAACACACCACUAAUUUGGCUGGUGAAAGUCCGACCUGCAUCCGAGUUAGCAUUACAUUCAACUGUGUGAACUUGCUAACCUGCUAAACUCAAGUAGGAAGCUGUUUAGAGAGAAGUGUUCUCCUGUAUGUGUUUUCUACUGUGAACCUUGAUUGAACUGUGAGAAAUGCAGUGAACUCUGUCGGAAAAUUUAGAACCAGAAAAACGUGAACAAGAAGCUGUUUAGAGAGAGAGGUCCCGGGACGCAGGGCCUUUCAGGUUUUGUAAAGGGCUAUAUAAGUAAAUUUGAUUGAUUGAUUGAUUGAUUGACAGGAAAGUGUUGACAGUCUAAAGAAAACAUGCUAAAGGAAGGCUCAAUUUUUAUUUAUUUUUGCUAAUCCCUGACUAAGACGUUUUUUCUGUUAUGUUUAAUAUAUGGCGGAAAACACUCAGGUGACUUGAAGUUCCGCUAUGAGACCCCCAAUUUGGCAAAACUAAAAACUGUCCUAUAUGCAUGUGUGAUACAUCAUUGGAAAGCUUAAAAUCUCAAUUUUCUUGGGGAAGUAAAAUUUUGAACAGGGGGGCAUUUAAAAAAAUAAAAAUUAAAAAAAUAUAUUUUUUUGUAAACAGCAAAACCCUAACUGGAGGUGAGAGCACACGAGAGCAGAAUUAAAUACGCCAUGAUUUUAACGAGAUAUUAUCGCGUACUUACCUUGUUUCAAUCCAAAAACUCAAUGUAGCAUGUAUCAUCGAGUGUCGACACUGAUGUGAAUGGCAACAGCCGGAUUUUGGGGGGAUUUUAUCGGUGACACAUGGUCAUAUAACAAGGGUUGCGAUUCAGAAAUCGCAGACAUCAAGGAGUGUUUGAGAUGUUCUUUUUCAUAUAGUUACCCUUUUAAACGUUUUUUUUUUUUUUCUUCGUUUGGAUCGAUUAUUUAUAAUCUAACAUAUCAGAGAAAAUGCGACAGUAACAAAAAAAAAAUACAAUUAAGCGAUAGUUAUGAGGUAGAUAUCCGUGACUUUUUUACAGACGCCAAAUUUUUCAUUGUGACAUAAUUUGUUCAAAAGUUUAAAAUAUGCGAGUGAAUAGUUUCUUAAAGUCGUUUUUAUUUUUUAUUUUUUUUUCACGAAAUAAUAGACAUCAAUUAAUGAUUCUAAGCUAUAAUUCAUAGACAUUUUGAAUAAUAACUAUAAUUACUGAGCUACUUUUUAUGGCUGGGUUGAAACAAAAGCGGUUGUGCGACAUCUGUAAACAGGGGUUUCCAGGGUAAAAUGGACAAAUUAAAAAUAGUUCGGGAGCUUAUUGGGCCAUGAAUCUGCUACGGCAGCAUAUAGACAUAUUGUUCUAUCAAACACAACAGUUCUUUUAGCUUAAAAUACAGCAGUUUGUUUUAAAGAGGGAUGCUAGAGCAGAAACUGCUUUUUCAGCCUUGACUGUGUUUUCCACCAUAUUUUUUUAGACAGAAAAUGUUGAGUGGUCUUAAGAGGAAUGUUAAUUUUUUAACGGUUUGUAUUUAUUGUGUAUGUUAAUAUAAUUUAUGUUUAAAUAUUUUACUUUAAAUUUGCUUAUAAAAUCCAGACAUUUAUUCUGGAAGUUUUAAAAAUGUUUCUUGAGUAGUUUUUGAAAACAAAGGUUAGAAACGAACAGUUUAUCAACUGAACCAGUACACAUGAAAGUUAGUACCGUAUUUUUCAGACUAUAAGUCGCACACGAGUAUAAGUCACACCCAGAGGUUGCGCUAGACUUUUUCGUUGUCUGUCACUUUGACUGACAGUGUCAUAAAAAUCCGGUCAUAAUCUAUUUUUACCCGUCACUUACAUUUUUAAAAUGAUAAUAAUGACAUAUUCAAUAGUAUUUAGUUUUCAUUCAUUUUUAAUUAAUAUUCUGUCCGAACAAGCUUAACAAGAGGCAAACAGACAGCAGAGUGCACCAAUCAGCGACGGGCAGACGUGCCGUUAGCAAAGCGACGAGGGCAGGACGAGGGACUUGCGCGCGGAAGUAAAUAUACGAGGAGAACAGAGUUUAUUCAACAUGGCUAGCGCGAGACAGACUGUUGUCAAUGUCUUGUGUCGAUGUGUUUUAGCUCAUUUAAAACUGAAUUUACCGCGGACUGGAACAUAUUCCCGGCUCUCCCGCCAUCCGUGUUGUUGUAGAGACGACUUUCGGCGCGCAAGAGUGACGUUGCUCGUGAAGAACACGUCACGCAAAUAAACAAAUCUGAUUUGUCGAUUGAUUUUGUACCAACUCGAGAGGCUGUGUCCCAGACUUUUUUCUCAGUGUUUGAAAAAUACAGGGAGAACAGUCUGGCCGUGCCAGGCAAACACUCAGUUGCCUCGACAUUUUUCCGAGUAAGGCCAACGACGUCAUGCAUCAAGAGAGAAUAGCUAAUUAAUAUGCUCACUCGCCACCCUGUGGUCUGGCGUGUGAAUUGCAACCUGUCAAAAUGACGGAUGGACUUCAGUUUUUUCCGUCACUGUUUUAAAAAACCGGUCAACGACGGAAAAUAUUCGGUUAACGCGACCCCUGGUCACACCAGCCCAAAAAUGCGCAAUGAAGAGGGUAAAAUGCGCAAUGAAGGGGGUAAAAAAAAAAAAAAACAUAUAAGUCACACCGUAGUAUAAGUCGCAUUUUGGGGGGGUUUCCUUAAAAAAAUCAAAUAAAAUCCAACACAUAGAACAGACAUGUCAUCUUAAAAGGCAAUUUAAAAUAAAUACAGAACAACAUGCUGAAUAAGUGUACAGUAUGAUAAUGUUACAUGAUGCAUGAACAACGAAAUGCGAACGUGGGCAGUAUGUUAAUGUAACAUAGCUAUAAAGAGUUAUUCAGAUAACUAUAGCGUAAAGAACAUGCUAACAAGUUUACCAAACCAUCAGUGUCACUCCAAAACAGCAAAAUAACAUGUGAAAU